AUGAAACAAAAGAUUGCGACACGCGUACCUGCUCCACCUUCAUUGAUUGCAUUGGGUCUCGAUGACUAUAGCGAUUGGGACGAUCAGCACUCACCAGCCUUACGCCCAACAUCCAAUGAUAGCGCGUACUCUUCUUCAGCUACCUCUCCACCUCCACCACAACAACUUAACGCCAUCCAUGCAAAACAAUAUUCCAAUACUGCAAUAGCAUCGUCGUCAUCGUCAUCAUCAGCUAUGCCACGUUAUCAUACAGUCUUUAGCGAGGAUGAAGAUGAUAGUGGACCAUCAGCAAGUGGAUCAUCAUUGGCAGCUGCCGGCAACAUGUUUUCAUCACUUUUACCAUCAUCGAUGCGUUCAUCUUCACAUCAGCAACAAUCCAUGGGAUUUAUGGAUCCUGUCCUUAUCUCGCCUGCCUAUCACAUUCAUCAAGCCGACAAUGCUUUAUCGACGCUGAAACAAGUGGUGCGUGAUGAUGGUUGGAAAAAGGCACUCAAGCACAAGAGUGGUGUCGUGGUCCAUAUGAAACAAGGCAUCCACAAAGGCGACAAGACACCCAUCUUUAAAGGUCAAGCCAUUAUCCAUGGAUUCUCGCCUCAAUCUAUAUUCUAUGUCAUUGGCAUGCGUCGACUAUGGGAUGAAAGUUACGAAGAUGGGAAUCUAGUGGAAAACCUUAAUGAUACGACCUCUCUCACUUACGAAGUCAGCAAGGCCACUGCUACAUCAAAAUCCCGAGAUCUAUCUCUGGUAGAAAAGAUUGAAUGCAGCCAAGAUGGAACUAUCACCUUUGCAUGUACAAGCGUUGAGUCACCAAGGUUACCUAAGGUGCCUGGUCGUGUGCGUGCACAAGUCAAGUUACAAGGAUGGAUUCUUGAGCCAACUCGUGGACCUACACCUGCAACACGUGUCACUUUUGUGGUGCAAGAAACAAUCAAAGGAUGGAUGCCUGGAUUCACCAAAAAAUCACUUGCCAGACGACCACUUGCUAUUGCUGCAGUCAAUGAAUAUCUUCAGAGGAAAACAGACCGCAUGCGUGCCCAAAGCAAAUCUUCCCAUCAUCGACCCUCCGUGUUUGGUCCCACUCUUGAACCUCGCCCUCACAGAUUAAAUACCCAGCAUCCAUCACCAACAACGAGUCUACAAAGCUUUGAAUCCUCAGUAUCACCAACACCAUCACCUACCAAUUCUCAACGAUCCAUUUUGACCGACAACAACAACACCACCAACCCUACCACCAAAAAGCGUAUCACUUUUGCAGAUCAAGAUAAGGCGCCUACAUCCGACAAUGAAAACAAUCCAGGAUCAUCAUCAAAAUCAAACACGCUGUCAUUAGCGCCUCCAACAACAACAACAAUCCCCGGACGACACCUUUACCCAUCACAACGACAUCCCAAAAAGAAGGUGGAAAGUCUUGAAACAUUGAAGCGACUUUCAGCAACGUUGGAUGAUUGGACCAAGAAAGGAGAGCGUGAUGGCGUGGAUUUGUAUACGCGAUCUGAAAAUGGCAAGGCACUCUUUUUGCGUGGAGAUUGCAUCAUUGAAGGCGGAUGGACAGCUGAACAAUUAUGCUCGGUGAUACACUGUUUUGGAGCACGAAAGAUUUGGGACGAGCGCUUUGAGGAUGGCAAGAUUCAUGAUCGAUUUAGCCAAAAGGAAUAUCUCGUUCAAUGGUGGCUACGUAACAUGUUCCCUGUGAAUUCGACCGAUAUCUCAGCCAUCACCAGCAUUGACACGGAUGCAACCACUGGCACCAUUUACACGGCAAGUACAAGUGUUAUCGAUGCCAACAUUCCUGUGGAUGAGACAAAGCCAUGCGUUCGAGGCCACACUGAUUUGAAUGGAUGGGUGUUUACGCCUCUGCUUGAUGAACGAGGUCGUACCAAAUCUGUCAAAGUUACCAUGGUGUGUAACAUGGAUUACAAGUGCGACAACAUUCCUGCCAACACUGCCAAAGUGAUUCAAGAUGAGAUGUUUGCAUGUGUUGCCAAUGUGCGUGAUUACGUGGAAGAAUAUGGAUGUCCUCCGUACAUUCGACGCGUGGCUGGCAAGGUAGCUGAAGAGGAAUUCGAGAGCAAAACAGGGACAUACCAAGUGACCUACAUUGCCAAACACGAGCCAUCGCAUUCAUAUCGAGCACGACGAAGUGGAUGGUGCACAGACAUUCGAUUUCACCGAUCCGUGUAUCCUCAAGGCUUGGAUGUCAAAGUCUCUCCCUCAAAUGGCACUCGUGUUGAAAUGUCUUCUGAUAAUCGAAGUAUCCGCAUAUUCACAACCAGUUCAGAAAUGGAAGGAAAACGUGUUGUUGUUCAAUUGACAACUGAACAUCGUGCCAAGCAUGAGAAAACAUCCAGCACGCAAGAGAUCACUACCCCUCAGAAACAAGAAGAACACGCCACAGCCAAAACAAUCAUUGAAGAGGAACCCAACAAUAAUCCAUUACCAUCACCCGUCAUCGAGACAAAGGAUGAACAAAUUACACAACCCCAACAACAACAACAUGAACAACCAAGCUCUCCUACUACCACCAACCUUUCAACACAUCCUUUGAAUCCAUCCCAUCCAAUUGAUUCCGCCACAACACCUCUCUCACCUACCUCACACAUUUCAACCGAAUCAAGCCAGGCCCAAGUACCGAAAGGCUACAUGCUGGUCCCCCAAACCUAUCAAAACAACAACAUCGUCAUUAUCUCAGAUGAGCUCACAUUCAAUGGGCAGCAAUUGGCUGUUAUUUUCCUGGCAAUGGUCUUCUGCUACUACAUGGGCAAAUUUGCAUGUACCUGUGGAUAG